GGUGCGGGGCGGCGCGGGGGUCCGGCGGCGGCGCGGCGUCUCUUGGUGCGCCUCGCGGGCCGUGCCGAGGCGUCAUAUGACCGUGGCGCGGGGGCGAGCCGGGCCGUGUGGGAGCGUGCGGGUGUCCGACAGCCGCCGCCGCCGCCGCCAGUGCCCGGGCCGAGCCUGCCAGUGCCCCCGGCCCGCCCGCCGCCGCCAUGCUGGCGCUGCUCUCCCGGCUGCUGGACUGGUUCCGCUCCCUCUUCUGGAAGGAGGAGAUGGAGCUCACCCUGGUGGGGCUGCAGUACUCGGGCAAGACCACCUUCGUCAACGUCAUCGCGUCAGGUCAAUUCAGUGAAGAUAUGAUUCCUACUGUGGGCUUCAACAUGAGAAAAGUUACGAAGGGUAAUGUUACAAUAAAGAUUUGGGAUAUAGGAGGGCAACCACGAUUCCGAAGCAUGUGGGAGCGAUAUUGCAGAGGAGUUAAUGCUAUUGUCUACAUGGUAGAUGCUGCAGAUCGUGAAAAAAUAGAAGCCUCUCGAAAUGAGCUGCACAAUCUUCUAGAUAAGCCACAGUUACAAGGGAUCCCUGUUCUAGUACUUGGAAAUAAGAGAGACCUUCCUAAUGCUUUGGAUGAGAAACAGCUAAUUGAAAAAAUGAACCUUGCUGCUAUUCAGGACAGAGAAAUCUGCUGCUACUCAAUUUCGUGCAAAGAGAAAGAUAAUAUAGAUAUCACGCUUCAGUGGCUUAUUCAGCAUUCAAAAUCUAGAAGAAGCUGAAGUCUUCCUGGAAUCUCCAGUACCAGUUGGCCAUAAUCUCAAUUGUCCACUUCCCUCCAUAAUGAGAUAUUACCCAAAAAUCCUGUAUCAAGAAUCUGCCUUUUCACGGUUCAUUUCUCAUGUGCACUGCUGAAGACUUGUAUUCCUAUUCUGUCACAAAACAACUAGAGUUGUCAUGAUAAAGUCAGCACAAAUAUUUAUUUUACAACCAUCUGUGGUGGGUGGGUUGUGGGGGGGCUUUUUAAAAAAAAAUCUCUCUACCAUGUUAACUAUGAUGGUACACUCUGUUCUGGUUUUUCAGGGCCAGGUUUUUAUAUGAUUUUCAGCAAGUGUUUUAUUUCUAGUGUUUAGUGGCUUGAAGAUGCUGAUGCUUGACAGCAUUAAGAUUCUGUAAGAUGCCACAUACAGUAGUUAGAAAACAUUUAAGCGUGAGUUGUGGGAUACUGAUUUAUCUCACAAAUGCAUGUGAUGUGUGUAUGUAAGCAGAGAAAUGGAAACUGUUUGCAGAGGGGAGCACAAGGCAUAGAUCAGCAUCACUAAUCUACAGCUGAGAUCUUACCCUGUCACUUGAAAAAGAAAACUCUCAUGAUGAAUUAGGAAAGAGUCAACUGUUUAAAAUCAUUUUGUUGCUUCUGUUUAACAUUUGUGCGGGGGAUGGGGAUGGACUGUUUUGUCAAGCUUACAAAAAUUGGAGUAUUCCAGCAUGAAAACAAAUUGCUAGGAACAUCAGACUUUGUUCAAAUACAUUUUUCUAUCUACAGAUACUAGUGGUCUCUAUCUGAAACCAGAACACACAUUCUGAGCAGCUGCAUGACACUUAAGUUACUGGUGUUUUUGUAUAGAGUCAGUCGACCUUUAGCACAAUAUCUAUGUAAUUGUCUAGUGUCUCUCCUGCUCAUGAAAUGGCUGGGCACAGUUUCACCUGGUGCUAUGGAAUAUCUAGGCUAUUGUGACAACUCUAGACCUGCCUGCUUUCUUGAUGUAACCAUGUGCAAAGUCUGUAAGUUGCAAGAUGAAAUGUUCUACUGUGUCAAAGCACAAGAGAGCCAAUGAAUCGAUCCUGUUUCUUGACUAGCUCCUACAGUAUAGGGAAGUAUGUACAAACUAAAGAUUGUAAUGUUUUUGUAGCUUUACUUUCUCAAUGACUUCAGUAUAUUUAAAGGAACAGACUUAAGACUGGUUUGUUCAUACAGUAAUGUCAGUGUAGCUUACUAGUGUAUGCAAAUACAUCGUACACCUGCUUGUGUUGCCUCACACUGUGUGUGAUUCUUCACCUAAAUGUAGUUUGCAUUGUGUCAGAGCCUUUGGUUGGAAACACCGUGUAGUCCAUAUCAGUUACGACAAGCCAGUUUUAACUUAGACUGCCAUGGCCUUACUGUUCUGUACCAACUAUCGCGCUGUUGCACAGACACUACGUGCUGCCUGCAUUCGGUCUGAACUUGCAUUUUAACUUUUUGUCCCCUUUCAGUUCUCUGAAGCAUGAUUUCAGUUAAUUCAUACUCUGGUGCUGUAGAGGAGAGGGUAUAUUAACUUGCUACUGUAGUCCCUAGUUCACCAGGAACUGCUACAGUUACUUUUAUUUAGCAAACUUGCUUGUGCCUAAAUAAGGAAAAUAAACUAGAAUGUGUGAAUCUUUGUGGGGGACCAGGUCACUGUUUAGUUAACUGGCCUAUAGCUAAACUUGAUGUGUUUGGUGUUUAUAUACUUCACUGCUUUCAGCGUUUAUGGCAUCCAAACACUACCAAUUGUUAACCUGUGCAUUACUCUCUGCAUGUGAACAACUUAUACAAUUACUGAACUUUGUAAAUACGUGAAUUUUUUUAUUUAGGUGGAUGCAUAUGUUGGUUUACUGCUCUUCAGCUUUAUUCAAUAAACUUAUGUUUUGAGGGUUGUAUUGACACUUAACUGACUUGAGUUGAUGUGGCUUAACUCAUGGAAAUAUGUUAUGGGAUAUCCGUCUCCUCUCCCACAAGAUUACAGUGUAGGAAGAAGGCUCGGUAAAUACCUGAGCUUCUUCAUGUUCUGUGCUUCAACUAUUCAAGUGAAAUGCCUAUAAAACUACCUUCCAGGCCUGGGGCUUUCUCAGUUUACACGAGCAAGCUUAGCUAGUCGCUCUCAGCAGACUUUGGUGCUUUUUUAUGUUUAUGAAAAGCACUGGGCAGCUGAAGGGUCUUGAGUAGGGGCGGCCUUCUGGAGCUCUGUUUUCAGGAGAAAAAUGCAUGUGUCUACAAGCUUGUUUCUUGUUGUCAAGCCUAGAGUAAAACCUUUGCUUUUCUAGCACAAGUGUCAGAUCUAGGCAGUGCCUGAUCAUUCACUGCCAAUUAAAGUGUAAAGGUUCAUAUCUCAUUGGAAAGUGAGGCUUUCCUUGACUGAGGUCUUGAACAAAAUCUUUGUCGUGAUUGUAGUAUGAAGUUAUGCUGACUGUUCUUCCCAAAUACUUUGCUGCAUUAAUUUCUCUUGGGUCACCAAUUAACUUACAGGACCGUAUGUCAACAUCUUCCAAGUAACGGUAACAAAUUGCAUGUCUUCUCUUCACGGCCUGUCUCCAUGUAAGCUUUCAGACUGACUGAGCUGUAGCAGGUUAGUUUUUAGGCCUGAGUACUGGUCACUUAGCAUCCUUCAGGUGUAACUCGGCUGGUGGGAAGGACUAAUGAACUGUUGAGUAAAAGAUCAUGUGCAUAUUUCUUCAGUUGAUGGGGUUUCCUGCAUGCAAAACAAGCUACCUGUAGUUAGCAUUCAAAGCAAAAUGCCACUUGAUGCAAAACCUGAAAACAGUGUUGCUGCUGUAAGAUUUGUCACCCUGGUUGGUCUGAUACCAGUACUAAUGACUUAAAUCAGCUGUGGUGUGAACUUGGCCAACAGCUGCUUGCUUGAUGUGGUGUUUAAGUAAGAGUUUCUACUUCUAAAUGUAACUGGCAAGGAGAGGUACGCUGGCCACCUGUGAUGUGUGUACUCUUAAAGUACAUUUGCAUUACUUCCCGAGAUGACUCCACCUAGGUUUUCACAGCCAUCCUUGUAUGGUUCUUCCAGAUGCCUUUAGUUACUCACAUGGCGGAAAUGUAGACCUUGAAGACACUAUUUGAAUCCGGUGCAGAGGAUUACACUUUUCUUUUUGAGGGCUUGAUUAACUUCCCAACUACCUUCAUUUUGAAACAGAAGGGAUGUGUAGUAAGUCUUUCCAGAGGUGAGGCUGUUCUUGCCACCUUUCAGCCUUGGACUGAAAAAACUACUUGCUCACCUGGCACAGUGAAGUCCAAGGUCAGACCUUUUCUGUUCUAGUAAAGGUGUGGAACCUAAGGUAGGCAUUAGCAGUCUUGUCUGCUGAACUUGCUGUCGGUUUUGCUCCAUACAAGUGAUCACUCUUACUGAUCAUAAAACAGUGCGUCUCUAGACUAGACUAGGAAGAAACGUUUGUGCGUACAGCCACAGCACCGCGCUGUGUGAAAGUUUUCCUUGGAGCAUUAAAGUCCUAUGAACUCAAGUGUAGAUGGUGGUUUCUUAAGUGCAAUUACAGUGCAGCGUAAUUCUCAUCAUCGCCCCGAGUACAGCUGAGUGUCCUAGCAGCUGCACAGAGCAAUUCUGUACUACCACUUGGCAACAUGAAAAAUCCACAAUGUGGAGCUGUUUUGUGGUCUGUGGAACUAAUAAUCUAGUUUCUUACCAAUGUGUGCUUUCUCUUUGCAUCUUUAUGGAAGCAGGUUGGGAAGAUGGUCCUUUUUGGAUGCUGACAUACAACUGCAUAAUCUUCACUUUCUGGUAGAAGAAAGGAGGCCAAAGAAAAUGCCUUAAACAGUCUCUCUGGUUAAAUGAAUAGGAAUGUUGUGCAGGGAUCUAUAAUAACUUGAAGUAUGACUUAGCUGGAUUAUCAAGCUUUUAACUUUUCUAAUGCUUAAUUUUAUAGUUACUGUGGCUGUGCACUAGCAUGUUGUGAUUUGCUUUGUGCGUGUUUACUGAAUGUGAAAGAAAUGUGCUCCCUCCUGGUAGCAUGCCCCAGCGCUGCUCCAUGCUGGCUUGCUUUUGCACUGACCCUGACUAGAGAGAGCCAUGUGAAUUCUGAAUAGGGCGUCUAAAUCAGGUUACUUGAGCUGUCUUGCUGAGAGCGGUGCAUUGCUGAUCACAGGAGCAGCAAAGCAAUGAAUCGUGUUAAAGAAGUCAUGUGUGAAUGCCCGAGACUAGUCUGUGCUUCAGGACUUUUAUUCCCAAAACAUGAGUGUGGAAGGACUUGUCUCACUAAACCGUAAACCUUCAAUGAGUAGUCUACAGCUUUAGGAGUACCGAUGCUGAACGUUAAAGUAUGCCUUGGUGAAACAUCGGGGGGGGGUGGGUUCUUUUACAUGUCACUGAAAUGAUAAAGAUGGAAUGGCAGUCAAGGGGGUAUGCACAUACUCUUUUAAAGGAGAAGUAAAAUAUUUGAUGUUUUUUUUUCUGUCACAGUGGAAGGUGGGUAAGUAGACCUUUGUGCCAGGAUUAGUGCCUUUUAAUUAUGACAGUACAGGUUUUAUUCUGUUAAAGGCAACAUCUAUCAUUGUGACCGUUUUGAAGUGCUUCAAUAAAGUGUUGUUGAAAACCA